CAUGUGUUAUACAUGUACGGAAGGGACAGGGCUAUGAUAAAGAGAGCAACUUACUCCGUUAUUAUAUAUUACAAAUGUAUAUCUCACAUGUAGGCAAACACUAAAUCAAACAUAAUUACUUCAUCCAUGUUCCCCUUGAUUUAUUAUAUAUUUUAGACCAUUGCGCUUGUACUUCUAUUUGUACUCCUAGACCUUUGUAACAUCGAGAUCCUGCAGUAGGUAUCACAAUCGGGAACGGCGGGAUCGGUGAAUCAAUCAAUCAUGGGGGCGUCCAAUGAUAUCGCCGCCAACGCGGUGAGACCUUUACCGAAAGAUAUGUCGCACCAUUUCUCAGAUGUUACCAAAGCGAGGGCACCAAGUCGAAUGAAAGAAUUCUAUAAGUUCUUUCAAAUCCCCAAUAUUGCCCAAUUCGCAGGAGGUUUGCCCAAUGCUCAACUCUUUCCCUUCGAUACCUUAGAAGCCCAGACCGCGAGACCAGAUCGAUGGACACCGUCGCCGAACUAUCCGGACGACGAUCGCGAGUUAUCCUCUAAGCUAGCUGCGACAUCCUUAUCAAGAGGAAAAGCUACAGCGUCGCAUGUCGUAGUACCUCACGAUGCACCCACACCAGACCCACAGAAGAAGAUAGAUCUUGCCUCCGCUUUACAAUAUGGCCAGGCUGACGGAUAUCCGCCAUUGCUCUCUUUCAUUCGUCAAUUCACACGCGAGUGCUUACACCCAAAUGUACCAUAUUGUGGAGGACCUGAAGUUGUUAUGACAGUUGGUUCCACGGAUGGCAUGUCCAAAUCUUUAGAGGUCUUCACCAACAUCUGGGUGGAAGGGAAGAAUGACAUACGGGAGCGGCCUGGCUUAUUGACUGAAAUAUUUAUGUAUAGCAAUAUCCUCAGCCAGGCGCUACCCCGUGGUGUACAAGUUGUACCCAUUGAGAUGGAUAAGGACGGUAUGAAGCCCUAUGGUCCCGGAAGCUUGGAGGAUGUGCUUGCGAAUUGGGAUUAUAAUAAGGGAAAACGACCGCAUUUGAUGUAUACCGUCACAAUGGGCCACAAUCCAACAAGUGUUGUUUUGUCGGUGGAGAGGAGGAAGGAGUUAUACGCCAUCUGCAGCGAAUACGACGUGAUUAUAAUCGAGGACGACCCAUAUUGGUAUCUUCAAUAUCCUUCUGCAGAGAUCGGAGAGGCGAAAGCGAGGAAUUUGCCCACCCCUGAACUGAAGCCGGCGAAUACCCUCGAACAAAAGUCAGGAUAUGAAUACUUAGAUUCGCUUGUGCCAUCAUUCCUGAGUGUCGAUGUGGAUGGUCGGGUUGUGAGAUUGGACACUUUCUCCAAGACCGUGGCUCCUGGGUGCCGAAUGGGAUGGGUAACUUCAACGCCGGAAAUUAUCGAGCGUAUUCUCCGUGUCAAUGAAUCUGGUACCCAGCAGCCUUCAGGUUUCGCCCAAGUUUUCAUCGCUGAGACGAUCAUGGGACCACAGACUGAAGAAUCGGCGGCAUUCAAAGCUCGAUCUGCGAAGGACCAAGUAUCCUUCAAUGGAUGGAAGAUGGACGGCUGGGUACGAUGGCUUUCUGGGUUGCGUGGUCAAUACGAGCGUCGCAUGAACCGGAUGUGUACAAUCCUCGAGGAUAGUGCAUUCCAACUGAAACAGUCAACUCCAGUGCGUGAAUCAGAGGCCGAGUGGGGUGUCAUCACCAAGACUCAGUUGUACGAUUUCCAGUGGCCGAGAGGUGGUAUGUUUCUCUGGCUCCACAUGCGCUUUGAGACACAUCCGUUGUGGAAAGCCGUUGGAUCCACAGGAAACAUCAUAAACGGGACCGCAUUGUCCACAGCAAUGAUGAUCUUCCUAACCCACAAGCCGUACCUUGUGCUAAUAAGCCCAGGUAUGAUGUUCAGCGCCACACCACAAAUCCGUGAGGAGAGAGGAUGGGCCUACUUCCGAUUAUGUUUCGCCGCUGAGUCGGAAGAAAAUAUCGAUUCCGCUUCCCAAAGGCUAGGGCAAGGUAUUCAGAAGUUCUGGCGCAUUAAGAACGUGAAAGAGUUGGAGUCGAUCUUAGAUGAAGCGAAUACUUUGCAUACAGCCAUGACAACGAAUGUGGUGAAUCUGGGAAGUUGGAUGGGUUGUUAGAGGUCACGGUGAUAUCGGGUAUAUGAGGUCUUUUUGACAUUUGGAACACGUCAGACUAUCACACCCUGUGUACGUUGACCAGUCUUGGUGAGACUUAGAUAUGCUGGCGC